AGUGAGCAAUAUCCUUUUGUUUUUUUUUCUUUCAAUAAAGUUCCCUAAAAUCCUCUGCCGCUCGUUAACCUUCAACGCUAUCCUGUGAUGAGCCAUGGGAUGCUGUUUUUCUGAACCUGUGGAUUUUGAUUCUGAAGUUAAUCUCUUUCAUUUCGACCUCCAUAGAGCAGUGGGUAAAGGCGCUUUCGGCAAGGUCAGGGUAGUUGAACAUAAGCGUUCCAAGAAGCUUUAUGCACUCAAAUACAUUGAUAAAGCGCGAUGUAUCAAGCAGAAGGCUGUGGCAAACAUCAUACAGGAACGGAAACUACUGGAGGAGAUCGACCACCCUUUCAUAGUCAACUUGCGAUACGCAUUUCAGGAUGAUGAAAACUGUUUCUUCGUGCUCGACCUCAUGCUGGGUGGAGACCUCCGAUUCCAUUUGGAAAGUAGAGGAUGUUUGAGUGAGAAUGUGGUCCGAUUUUGGGCCGCAGAGCUGGCAUCUGCUCUCGUUUAUUUGCACAAACAGCGCAUCAUACACCGUGACCUCAAACCGGAUAAUAUUGUGCUCGAUGCACAGGGCCACGCACAUAUUACUGACUUCAAUGUCGCCAUCCAUUAUUCGGAGCGUCGGUUACACACUAGUGUCGCUGGGAGUAUGGCUUACAUGGCUCCCGAAGUCGUUGGAAGGAAAGGAUACACAUGGUGUGUCGAUUGGUGGAGUUUCGGUAUUACAAUCUACGAGUUAUUGUUCCGACGACGUCCAUUUGAUGGACGCACAUCUGAGAAGAUGACCAACUCUAUCAUCAAGGAUCCUCUGAGGUUUCCCGAUGACGCCAACAAGAAAUGCAGCCCGAAUUGCAUGAAGUUUGUGCAAACAUUACUCGAACGUAAUGUCAGUCAGCGUCUAGGUUGUCGACCAAAAGGUCAAGGCUUCCAGGACAUCAAAAACCAUGCAUGGCUGCUGGGUGUAGAUUGGGAAAGUAUCAAAACGAAAGAAGCUCAGCCUCCUUUUGUUCCUGACAUGAAGAAAGCUAAUUUCGAUGUAACCCAUGAACUCGACGAAUUCCUAAUGGUUGAAAAGCCACUGACCCACACGAAACGCAAGGCAAAUCCGGACUUAGCCAAAAUGAAGCCGGAAUUUAGGCAGUUGGAAGAGCAGUUCACCGUUUAUGACUUCAUGUCCACCCAGCGCAGGUCGUAUUAUCCUCAUAAUGAGCCCAUCACUACAGUUGUACGGAGCUUGGACUCAGACCAAAUUCCGGUCGUUCAAUCGAUAUCAAACACUCUCCUUCCGACCACGACAAUGGGCGAGAGAUCUCAAGCCGGUUCUCCAGCUUUGGAUAUUACUUGGCAUCAACAUAUGCCAAUACCUCUUUAGCACAUGGCUGUUUUUAUCACCUUAAUAUCAACGACGCCCAAUGCGCACUUAAUGUUGUAUUUUCUAACCGAAGCAUUCAUGUCAUUUAUUUUUCCUGGAGACUUUGCAUUAGCCAAUUUACGCACAUUCGCACUUAUUCUCAUUGUGAUCAUUCAUGUAGUAUAUCAUUGCUACCAGUGCUCUAGUCUGUUCCAGUGUGUCUGCAUUCAUUAUGCAUGAUGGUUAAUAGGGUUAGGGUUACGA